GUUGCCGCCCGGCCCGGCUCGGCCUUGUGCUCACGUCCGCGCCCUCCGGGGCCCGCGCCCCAGCCCGACCCGCGAGACCCCGGCCCGACCCCGGCGCCCGCACAAGAUGUCGGCCCGGACGCCAUUGCCGACGGUGAACGAGCGGGACACUGAGAAUCACACAUCUGUGGAUGGAUACACUGAAGCACACAUUCAGCCUACCAAAUCAAGCAGCAGACAGAACAUCCCCCGGAGUAGAAACUCCAUGACGUCAGCAACAGAUGAACAGCCUCACAUUGGAAAUUACCGCUUACAAAAAACUAUAGGAAAGGGAAACUUUGCCAAAGUGAAAUUGGCUAGACAUGUUCUAACUGGUAGAGAGGUUGCUGUGAAAAUAAUAGACAAAACUCAGCUAAAUCCUACCAGUCUACAAAAGGUAUUUAAUUAA